AUCCUUUGUUAUCCACACCCCCAACGCCACCCUUCUUUUCUUAUACGUCGCAUUGUAUGCGUUGAGAAGGCAUUCGACUGCCUAUAAGAUCUGACAUCUCCUCCCGAAAUCAACACCGACUCAUCCAGUACACACCCUUUUAUAUCAUGGCAUCGUCAAGUAGAGUUCAACAGGACAGCUUCAUAGACGAUGACGACCUUACAUGCCCACUAUGUGUGGAGGAGUUCGAUCUGUCAGAUCGCAACUUCCGACCAUGUCCUUGUGGAUAUCAGGUCUGCCAGUUCUGCUUCAACAACAUCAAAAACAACAUGAAUGGUCUGUGCCCAGCAUGUAGGAGACCAUACGAUGAGAAGACAAUAGAGUGGAAGGUUGUCACGCAAGAAGAGAUCGCACUAUUUAAAGCAAACGCCCAAAAGAACGCGAAGAAGAAGGCAGAGCAACGGCAUAAGGAGGCGCAGAAACGCGAAGUGGAGAGUCUCAACCGAAAGCACUUAGCUGGGCUCCGAGUAGUCCAAAAGAACUUGGUAUAUGUUGUUGGCCUUAGCCCUGGAAUCCCGGAGCAAGAUCUUCUGAAAACACUGCGUGGCGAUAAAUAUUUCGGGCAAUAUGGACCUAUUGUCAAAAUAGUUGUCAGCAAAGCGAAGCAGGGCGAAGCACCACCGAAUAAUGGUUCACUGGGCGUCUAUGUCACCUUCGCAAAAAAGGAAGAUGCAGCGAAAUGUAUAGCCGCUGUGAACGGCUCGCAAAACGGCGACAGGGUUUUACGAGCUCAACUCGGAACGACGAAAUACUGCUCUGCCUAUCUUCGCAACGAGAUAUGUACAAAUAAGCAAUGCAUGUUUCUUCACGAACCAGGCGACAAUGAUGACAGUUAUUCUCGACAAGACUUAUCCACGAUUAAUAGCGUCAAUACACAGCGUCCGUUACCUGGACCUCCGACAUUUUCUGGCCCUGUAGCACAAGCUGCGCGGCAAGCAGCGCAGGCUCAGGCACCUAUACAACAAUCACAACCCGUUGCAGCGGCAUCUCAAGUUAUGGCGCGGGACCCAAGCAAAGACGAGUUGGACAGUGGCGAUGGAUCGGCACUACCAUCAUCUGCAAGCUGGGCGAAAGGAGGGCAGCAACUAAGCAGGAGAGGAAGCCUUGCAACCAGCGCCGCCGCUUCUAGCCCAGCUAUUUCGGCAUCACUACCGGCGCCCGUUCAUGAAGAGGAGAGUCCUGAAUCGCCACAAGAUCAAAUUCCGCAAACGCAAGACAUCGCGACGGCCGAAUCUCCCCAACAAAAUUUGCUACCACAGGCGCCGUCAGACCCCGUACUGGCACAGAUUUUGAAAUCUAUAAACUAUCUUACGACAUUGUCAGAAACCCCCAGUGAAAGCACUGACGAGGACUCGCAACUAUGGUGGCCUUUGUUCGACGACAAUGGAGGUCUGAAGCGGCGCCUAGCUCGUGAACAACAAGAGGAAGCAACCCGACUGCACAUCGAACAAGAACUUCAGGAAGAGACGAGGUCGGCACCCGAAGCCCAAGAGGAACAGGAGCCUGGAAGUGGUAGCGGGCAACUAGGGGGAGAGCCCGAAGAUAGGGAUGAUGGCCGAGAGAGCAGCCAAGGCCAAACUUUUCAUGAUCAAAGGCGCCCGAGUGCCCAACAACCUAUACAACGCAGCUCUCAAGAUAGUGGUGUAUUUGGCGGUAUUGGAGGACAAAAUUUCUCGCCCAAUAUCGGCAAUUUAGCCACAGUUAAUGGGCGCGCCCUGACACCAAUACAACAACAGCAACUAUUGUUGUUGAAGUCUGGCCAGUCUGGUCAGCCACAAUCGGGCUUCAUGGAGCAGUACCCUCCAGGAAUUGGUGCUUUGGGUUCGCAACAGUCGACGUUGUUCCAACAACAGGGCCACAAUCGCCAGUCGUCCAGAUAUAACUUCGGCGGUGAUUCUGCAUCGGCUGCGAAAUCUAUCACAAGCUCAAAGCUGCUAGGACAACAAGCAUCAAUGAUGGGGCUUCAGCAAGGGAACCAAUUUUAUGGUUCCACGGUGCCAGGGCCACCACCAGGGCUUAAAUCCACUGGGACUCCUCCUAGCGGAAUGUUUGGACAAUCUCAAUUUGGCGGUGCAGCAUUUGGGGCGGCUGGAAAAGAUAAUAAUAACGAUAUUAUUCGGGAGAUGUUGAGAAAUCGAGGAGGUAUUGGCGCAGGGAGCGGAGGACAGGGCCACGAAGCCGGAAAGCAUGACAACCUCUUGUCCAUGGAUGAUGAUGUAUCCCACUCUGUGGAUGCUCUGGUUGCAGAGAGCGUUUCGGAAACUGGCGCAAGCCCUUUCCAUCAUGGCCUUUCCAUGCCUUCGCGCACGUCGACCCCAUCAGUUCCUCCCGGUUUCAAUCUGCCCCAUGCACACCCUUCUCCAACCCGCGAUGAUGCGAUGGCCAAACCACAGACUAGGAUUCCAGCCAUACCAGCGCCGUCGCAGUACACACCACCUCGAAGCAUGACCGCUACACACGUGCCUAGAGUUGGUACACCGCUUUCAACAGUAUCGAUUCCACCCACGCCUACCCCGGUUCCAGCAGUUGUUGUCCCGAAGCCGGGUGCUUCAAAGACCGAAGCGAGGGAGCAAGCAAAAGAAGACGUUAAGUCACUGGCGAACGACACCGGUCUCACGAAGGCGAUUGCUUCUCAGUCAUCACAAUCCAUGGCACCCCCAGGGCUUCAUCGGGAAGAUUUUCCUGUAUUAGAGAAAGGAAAAGCGAAAGAGGUUGCUAUUCCCUCUGGACCCCGAGCCAUGACGACCGGCAAGAAAGCGGUGGCAACCCCAAGCAACGUUGCAGCUGUGACCCCUACCCCUAAGGCCGCCGCCAAAAAGUCAACGCCAGGUAUACUUAACAUUUCUGUUCCGGCGCAACCAUCAACCAAGGAAGUAGCCGACAAAGAGCCACCAGCAAAUGCCGCCGUUCAGUCUUCCGCAUUCCCGCCACUGCCUCCAAGUACUCCUGCCACAUCUUCGGGGUCGUCGGUACCAAAGGGGCCCAAAUCUAUCCGAGUUGUACCUACAAGGACCGAGUCGCCUGCCAUUAGUGCUGCCCAGCCUUUGUCCGCAAUUUCCAAUUAUUCCGCAACUAUUUCAGGGAGCCGUCAAGCUAGCAUCUCUUCUAAUUCUAGAUUCGAGAGGCCUGGCACCCCGGCUAGUGAGAUAAUUUCAGACACAGCUUCUCUUACUUCGGCUUCCUUGUCCCGACCAAGUUCCCCACCGCCAACUAGGGUAGGUUCCGCACCAGUGAGAACCACCACGAAGAGCCAGCAGAAGAAGCAACGCCGCGAGGCUAUGAAGGGAAAGGAAAAAACCGAGAUAGAGGCAGCGGUGGUGGAGACUCCUGAGGCCGAAGAAAUUGCGCCAAUUAUGGGCAGGAAGAAGAAGCAAAAGAAGGCAAAGGUUAAUACCAAAGCUGGUUCGCCAACACCUGUUCCUAGUCGGCCUCCAACACCGAAACAAUUAGAAAAGACGGAGCCAGUGAAGGAAACCAAGGCCAACGGUGGCCCAGAAGCCUCAAAGAAACAGAAAGCCCCCGAGGUGGAGGCAACACCCAGGCCAGUUGUCGAGUCCAAGGCUGAAGUAGUCGAAGAGGCAGUGCAGGAACCCCCGGCACCUACUGUGGAAACAAUAGACGAAACGUCAGACAGGCCAGUACCAACCCCAUCAGCAGUGCUACAAGAUUUACUCUCCCACGGGGAGGUACCCCAGCCAGAUAAGCUGGCCGUCCUUAGACCACCAAUGGGCUAUAACCAGCGCGCUGGAUUCCAGGGUGAUCUGCCUGAUCUUGACCAUAAAUUGGUUAUCACUGAAGAAGAUCGUGCGGCGCUGCUUUCCGGCAGGCCAGUACACAAAGUUGUGCAGGGGUCUCACAGAAUCAUGCUUACGCCAAAUGGCGAUUGUGUCCGUAACCUGACUCCUGCCGAAGAAGAGCGUUACUUGGAACUUCAGUCGCGCAUCUUCCAGGAGUCAGGCCCAGCAGCUUUUGUGCCUGCCAGACACAAUGCCAGCAAUGGCUUCACGCUUAUUGGAGGCCGCGCUGUUCCAAACGGACCACCUGCGUUCUUCCCUCCCUUGGACGGAAGCCUGACGAUCCCUCCCCUUGAUCCAGUUAGCAAGAUCCAGCGCGAUGAGGCUUUGAGCUACAUCAACCAGUACGUGCUGCCAUCGCUUUCGACAAACUCUCAACUUGAGCGUGCGCUCAAUGCGAAUGCACUGGAUACGGAGAUGCUUCGUCCAAACGAUACUCAAUCCUGGCCAAACUGGGGUACUGGAAACGGCCAAGGCGGCAACAAUGCGGCGUCGCAGGAGAACCGAUCUGGUCAGGAGGGACCAUACGGUGCCAAUAGACAGGAUGGCAUUCUUGCUAGCGGACUUGAAAGCAUGACUGCGCAUUUCGCCGUUGGCCGCGAGAGCAGCCGUGGACAGCCACUUGGUAAUGUCACAUUGCUGAGCCUGUCGGACAGCGAGACUGCGAUGCAAAGCGCGAAGAAGGAGACGGAGAAGCUCGAGAAGAGCUUGAACCAGCUGCUGAAGAAGAACCGGCGGCUGUUGCUGGGUGCGGGUCAUUGACGGCGCGCAAGGAGUUUAGGCGUUCGGGUUAUUAAGAUGGGCAUUGUCCUGUUCGGACUUGCAGAGCUGUGCCUUAGGAUCAUGAUCGUGAAGGUACUGCGGCUGCUUGUCGUCUGUACGAUAGUGUUAUGUGUAUGGGUAUGGAAGCGUAUGGCUAUGCCGGCGAUUUUUGCUGGUUGGCUUGGACGCUCUUUCUAGGGCGGUUUGUAGGAUUGAUGUUGUUUUUCAGCGGCAUAAUAUGGGGUUGCUUGUGUUGGGUAGCAUAGCAUGGGGUACCACAUUAGUUGGACCAGCAUUUGAGAUGUAUGAUGAUACCAGAGGAUAGCUAGGCAUUUACGUAAACCUAUGGCGAUAGCAUUUUCGCUUUUAGGUUCAUGAAUAUAAGCCUCCUUCACUCU